CGGUGAUCGAGUUUGAGUUUCUUGUCUUCUAUUACACGACCAAUCCCAAUGGAAGGCGAUCAAGACACAUCGGGUUUCACUUUGGUAACAAGGAAGCCUCGCUUUGGUCUCCCAACAGCUUGCCCUAACUGCCUCCCCGCUUACAUAUACCUGAAACUAGCCCAGCUUCCUUUUCAACUCGCCUUCAAUUCCAUCUUCCCUGAUUCAGAUGAGCUUCCGUACUUUGAAACGGGUACAUAUGUUGCAUACAACAAUGAAGACGGAGGUGUGAUCGAGAAGCUGAAGAAAGAUGGGGUUGUUAAUCUUGACUCUCAGCUUCAGUCUCUUCCUGAUUAUCUUUCCUUGAAAGCUCUUAUCUUAUCAUGGCUGGAAGAAGCGCUUGCGUAUGAACUGUGGGUUGGUACUGAUAGAGUAUCUGCGUGGAAGAUCUACUACGCGGACCUUCCUUGGGUGAUUAGCAAGGUCCUCUUCUAUAAGCAGACUUACAUGGCCAAGACCCGUUUAGGACUCACAAAAGAAAACGCAGAGGAAAGAAAGAAACAGAUAUACAAGAGGGCUAGUGAUGCGUAUGAAGCUUUGUCGACUAGGUUAGGCGAGCAGAAGUUUCUUUUUGAAGACAGGCCAUCUAGUUUGGAUGCUUUCCUUCUCUCACACAUACUUUUUAUAAUCCAAGUGCUACCGGAAACAUCAGUGCUUCAGCGCAAACUUCUAGAACAUGGUAAUCUUGUCAGAUAUGCUGAGAAACUCAGGUUAGAGUUCCUUAAAGCCCCUUCUUCAUCUUCUUCGCCUCCACUUCACUCAUUCCCUUCCUCUUUUUCCAGAAAGGGUUCGAAGCCAAAGAGCAAACCAAAGACAGAAAAGACUGAAGAGGAGAAAACAUUCAAGAAAAGAGCAAAGUUCUUUCUAGCUGCUCAGUUUCUAGCAGUGGUUAUUUACUUAUCCGUGAUGGGAGGAGUUAGUAACGAUGAACUGGAGUAUGAAGAUGAUGAUUAGUACAACUAAAGCUUCUCUUGUUACAUGAACCAGUAACUCUCUUCUUCUUAGACACAAUAAUCUCUCUGCUUUUUCUUAAAUUUUUAGUUAAAGAGAGAGAGGCUUAAGAUGUGAGGUUAGUCACACAUUAUAAUCAUUUUUUUCAUUCUGAAGGAGAUUCGUUGGCUUUUAUAUAAUUUUCAUUGGUUCUAAAGACAA